UUGUCGCUGUCGUCGCGUCAACGAGCGCGUUUUGUCGUUGGUUGCAUGUUGCAAAAUCGACUGAGCGCGUAGAAACCGAGUUUCUUCGCAACGCGUGUUCGUCCGUCCUGAAUUCCUCGUGAGAUGACUGUUGAUGUGGUGAUCUCUCCGUGAUCACGGUCUCAGACCAUCCGCUAACCGCCAUGGAAAGCAGUGACAGCAACGCCUUUGUCCUACCGGUAUGCUGGAAGGAUGAUGUACGGAUGCGAGCGCUUUUCGCCGAGUUCCGCCCCAAGGAAGCAAAUCCGGAAGGAUGGCAAGACAAAAUGGACUUCUGGGUUUCGCUCAUCCUCCAGUGGAGCCGCGAGACGAGGACGCCAGUGUUUUCAGCCAGCGACGUUGCUGUCGCUUUCGAACGCAAGCGGAGCCAGCCCGCAUGCCUGAAGACAGUGCUGUCGCACAUGAAGAAAUCGGGCGAUCUUAUAAACAGCAAGGACUACUUCACAAGCGAAGGAUGGGUCAAAUGGGGCUUCGACACUCUGGUCAAGCGGCCGUUGACAUGGAUGUGGACCUGGGGUUCGGGCAGCGGCGAGGCCGACACCGAGAUCGAUGAGAUGCUCGUCAACGUUGACGUCUUAAGACAGCUUCAGCAAGAAGUCAUGAAACGUUGCGAGGACGAAAGGUUUGUGGAAGAUGUCAUUCCCUACUCCGAAGUUUGGAAGGUGUGCGAGGGCAUUUGUAAAGACCAGCGAUCCUUCGUUUACGUGCUAAACGGACUGGAGAAGUCACGAUACGUGCGACUGUUUCAAAAGGAUGGCAAGAAAGUCGUGCAGUUCCUUCGCCAUAACAACCAGCUGAGCGAGCAGGAGAAGGCGGUGCUCAAGCUCGAGAAGGCCAAGCAGGACUUGAAUCAAAAGGUGGACUUGCUGCAGGGCGACAUCGACCGUUGCACGCGCGAGGCACUCGAGGCCAAGAAGCAGGGUUUGCAGAACAAGGCCCUCCACAUACUGAAGAAGCGGCGAAGGGCGCAGCAGGUGCUGGACAAGCAGUUCGCCAUGCUGGACAACAUCCACUCCCUCGAAAUGAACAUCCACGAGAACAAGGACAUCCAGCUAAUCUACGACGGCUACAAGACGGCGGCCCAAGCGCUCAAGGUGGCGCAUGGUGGCCUGGAAGCGGACAGCGUCGACGACGUCGUUGCCGAAAUUAACACGACCCUUGAAGACCAACAAGAGCUUCACAGGCUCAUGGGCAUGCCAGUGGCCGCUGCAGACGGCGAGGUUGAUGAUCUGGAAGCGGAGCUAGACCAAAUAUUGAUGGAGGACACUGCUGACAAGGAAGGCCAGAAUGUCAGUGGGGCUUCGAACGUGGAAGAGGAACUGAAGUUUCCCGCAGUUCCCACCGAGAUGCCUCGCUCGCCAAACAAACCAGGGGAGGCAGUUCGACGUGAUGCCCAGUCAGCUGCUUGGAAUGCCCAGUAAAAGUGCCUUUCGCCAACUGUGCCUUUCUUGCUGCAUUUUUAUGCUUGUGUUUGUGAGCAUUGUGCAGUGUAACGCACAAACUUUAGAAGUUAUAUGCUGUUUUAGUUAACAAUGCAACAACAACCUGUGCACAGCGUGUGGCAGCUGCGCUGUUUGUUGCAAGUCUUGAGGGUAUUCCAGCACUAACAGCAUUUUGGUAUUGUCCUUACAUGUAGAAAAUGUUGCGGCAUUAAAAUAAAUUAUGUUUUACCUUGAUAA